UUGUUGUUUUUUUGUGUAGUUUUUUUGUGAUUCCAACCCAAAUCACUCAAGUGUGCAGCCCUCUUCACACCAAGUAUCUCCUUCGAAGAACCUGAGAAAAGGAAGACAGAGGCAAAGAGGAGGUUCGGCACCGAGGUGAUACGAAAUAAUAAAUGCAAAGAGAGGUUUGUAACAAGCUCAAAGUGUCCAUUUUGAAUCGUCAAAGUCUCUUGUGUCCUACUGCAGAGAUGCCCGAGACGUGCGGCAAGAGUGUGAGAUGUGGACAGGCUCAACCCCAACGGGACAAGAUCAAACCCCAGGAGGAGCCACGCCCUAAUCCUCCUGCUCAGACCGGGGACGCGGCAGGAACUCAAUGUGUGAGCAGUAUGGCAGGCGUCAGGCAGAAGCAGCAGAGAGCAUCAGUGCUGCGGCAGGUUCCCCACACAGCUUCCACACAACAGCACGUGCAUCCAGGCAACAGUGCUGCUGUCUCAAUGUGUAAGGAAGAGGUGGAUGCCAGCUGUCUUCUCGAGGCGUCUUCCCCACCCAGGCAAAGUCAUCACUUCCUCCCCUCAAGGAGAGCCGGUCCAAAGCAGAGCUCCAUCGAGGCCAGGCUUCAUCGUGAUGGCCCCCCGGAGGUGACUAGUGUUCUGUUUGUGAGGGGUCUCUGCCGCUGGCCUGGCUGUGACGUGCUGUCUGAGGAUUUCCCUAGUUUCUUAAAGCAUCUCCAUUCUGAACACAGUCGUGGUGACAGAAGCAUUGCUCAGUGGAAGGUCCAGCAAGACAUUGUGCAGUGCAUGGAGAGUCAGCUCAUCCUGGAAAAACAGAAACUCCUUGCGAUGCAACUUCAUCUGCACCUCUCUGAAAACAAAUACACUGAUCUGGCUGAGUGGCCGUACAGCCUCCCCGUGUUCUUGGCCCAGCCCCAGCCCCAGCCUCAGGUAACAGAUGGAGACAGAGUGCAACAAUGGGGCAUCAAACACCGGCAGGAGUUGUCCCAGCAUGGCUACAGAGCUGCCGGCUCUGCCCACCUUCUGCCAGAUUUGGUCCCCAGUAUCGAAUGUUACAAAUACAACAACAUCAGGCCUCCGUACACCUACGCCUACUUGAUUAGAUGGGCGAUCCUGGAGUCUUCAGACAAACAGCGCUCUCUGAAUGAGAUUUACAACUGGUUCACAACCAUGUUCUUCUACUUCAGACACAACACUGCCACCUGGAAGAAUGCAGUGCGGCACAACCUCAGCCUACACAAGUGUUUUGUGCGAGUGGAGGGAGGAAAAGGAGCGGUGUGGACAGUGGACGAGAGCGAGUACCAGCGGAGGAAGGGACAGAAGUAUCACAGGGACUGUCCUGUGAAGUGGCUCACGUCCUACUCCCAUUACUGUCCAGAGGAGGCCUGACUGCCAGCAGAUAGCAGCCCUUAGCUGGAGGCAUAUCCAUGUUUCAUGCGAUACAGAACUACAUGAAAAAGUGAAGAAUCUAUUGAAAUGCCUAUCUAUAUUUUGUAUUAUUUCCAAAUGACUUGUUAAACACGGCUGUAUCAUUGGUUAUAUCAAGAUGUUACAUACCUGAGAGCUCAACACACUGAAAAUUAAGAAACCAUGUGUAAAUAGAUACAAAGCCAAGCAAAUAAAGAAACAUCUGACAACAUGUGCAGCAUUUAGAAUAAGCACUGCAAAUAGAGGAGCUCAGAAGAAAAUGGUAAACUGUUUCCAUGGGACAAUAAAAAAGUAAAGCACACGGCUGG